AUGGAAGAUCGAGAUAGUAAAAAACCUUUUGUUAUACCUAAAACUCAUACAUCAGAUAAAGAUAUUAUCAUAUCUGAAAAAUCUGAUAGUCGUAAUGUAAUUGAAUUAUUUAAUGAUAUUAAAUCAUGUGCAUUAGAAGUUCAUUUUGAUUUUCGACAAAAUCAAUGUAAAUCUUGUGAUACAAUACGUAAUCAAAAAUUACAAAAAUUAUAUAAUGAAAAACGAAUUAAAAUGAAAAAAGAUCAAGAUCCUAUCGAACGUUUAGGUUUUCAUUUAAUUGCCUAUCGUGAUGUUGCAUUAAAUGUUGCUAAUAAUGGUCUUCAUUGUGAACAAUUAUCAUUUACAAUUGAAAAAUAUCUUGGUAAUCCUAAAGAUGGUGUUCAUUUAUCAAGACGUCCCGAUGUUCUUUUAACAUCAUCUGGUGCUCAAGGACUUUAUCGAUUUGGUUUACUUGUUUGUAAAAUUCUUUUGGGAAAAGGUUAUGCAACAAUACCAUCAGUGAAUAAUAAUCAAUUAUCAGCACAAUUACAUUAUGAUCAUCAUUUUUGUAAAAUUCAAUCGAUAAAUAAAGAACAACGUCAUAUUGAUGAUCUAUUAGCAGAUUCUUUCAUUUUUUGUUAUGAACAUGAAAAUCUUGAAACUGUUUCUCGUCCAUCACAAAUCUUACCCAUUGCUAUUCUAUGGUAUGAUCUAACAGAAAAAUUUUUACCUGAAUUAAUACCUACAAAUAUCAUUAAAAAUCUACCAAAUCAAGAAUCUCUACGUCGUAACGGAAAUCUUAAUAAUAAAAAAUUUGCAUUAAAAAAGAAAACAUCUAAUCAAUCAACUAAACCUAUUACUUCAUAUUCAAAUAAAUCCAUAGUAUCUCCACCAAUAUCUAAUUCUAUUAAUCGAGAAGAUUCUAUUCAAGAUACAACUAUAAAUGAAACAAUACAAAAUCCUACUUCAAUUGAAUCCUUAACAUCAUCAAAAACAAAAUAUCCUAAUCAUUUUAUGGUUCCAUAUAAUCGUUUAUAUUCAAGUCCGUCUCUACUUACAUCAUCAAAUACUGAACAACAACAACAACAACAACAACAACAACAGCAACAAAUAACAAAGUCUCGAGAUCCUCGUUUAUUACGAACAAAACGUGGACAAACAUUAAUAUCUUCAGAAACAAUUCCAUUAUCACAACAAAAUAUAGUGUAUGAACGAUCUCUAUCACAUAAUGUCGUAUCAAUAAAUUCAUUAAAAACUUCAUUAGAUGAACUAAUAUUAAUAACAAAAAGCUCUUCAUUAAUACAAAUUCCAUUAAAUUCUUCUAUAUCAUUAAUUGAUCCACGUUUAAAGACUCUUAAAAAUACACGAGACAUUUUUUAUCUUGAAUUACAAACUGUUAAACAUGCUAUACAACAACAAAAACGUCUUAAUCAUUAUUAUGAUACAAAAAAUGGUGUAACAUCUAAAACAAAUUAUACAAUUAUACCAUUUAUUAUACGACAAGUUUUAAAUGAUGAAUAUGAACGUUUAUUAAAUGAUGAUAAUAAUACAUAUAAAUUUCAUAAACAUUCCAAUGGUACUGAUUAUUCAUUAUUAUAUGUAUCAGUUAUUGAUUGUUUAAAUUUUGGUUUAAUAAAAUCAACAAUAAAUAAUCAAACAUAUAUUGAUUUAGAACAAUAUGAAAAUAAAUUAGCUUAUGAACAAAUUGAAAUAUCAAAUGAAUUAAUACAACGUGAAAAACAAUUAAAUUCACAGCAUAUACGUUUACGUUUACGUGAAAAACGACAAAGAAAAAUACAACAACAAAUAAAUGAAAAAAAAACUUCUGAUAAAUUAUCAAUAAUAAAUCCAUCAUCAUUACCAAAUUCAAAAUUAUAUAUAACAACUGGCAGACAAUUAUUAAAAGAACAUAAAUUAUCAACAAAAUCAUUCAAUACAUAUAUACCAUUAGAUUUAUUAGAUUUUUUUUCGCGAGAAUAUAAAAAUGAAAAUCGUCCUUAUGUUAAACAUCUUUUAGCUGAACUUGUUGGAAUAUUUAUUGAAAAAUAUCAUAUUGAACAUAAUCAAAUAGAAAGAAGUAGUGAACAAAAUCAAGAAGGUGAUCUUAGAUCAAUUAAAGAAUCCAUUCCCGAUGAUCAAACAAUCAAUUUUGUCAUUGACAUGGAUAUCGAUUCUCCAUCUUCUCAAGGAUUAUGUGAUCAUGAUGAACGUUUUCGAGUACCAACACCACCGCCACCAUUACCACCGCCAUUAACACUACCACCAUUACCAUCUAUGAAUGAAACAAAUUAUACUCAACCACUAACAUCUCUUAUAUUUACUGCUACAUUAUCCAAUGAAUCAAAUAAAAUUUUUGAUAAUUCAAAUUAUAGUGAUUCAUGUCAUAAAUCAAUUGAACAAUAUCAACAAAAUGAAAUCCUAUUAACAAAUUCACAUUUAAUACCAAAAUCUGAAUCAAUUAUUAUUCCAUCAGAAGAAACAGUUUUUAAAACAUGUUUAGGACAAUAUGAAUCAUUAUCAUCAUCAUCAUCAUCAAGUGAAAAUAGUCCUAUUGAUAAUAAUAAUUCAUCAUCUAUAAAUGACAAUACACAACAAGAAGAUUCAAAUCGAUCACGUGAUGAAUUUGUUCGAUUAUUAACACAAGAAGCGUAUAUAUCAAAAUCAUCAAGUCCAGAUAGAAAUCAAAAUAAUCAUAAACGUUCAUAUGAUUAUCAUCAUCAUCAUCAUCGAAGACGAUCAUUUGAUGAUAAUGACCAUACAAAAAAAUAUACAUCAUCAAAUUAUUCUAAUUCUAAUCAAUUUCAUUCACAUUCAUCAAAUAAUAAAACUCGACCCGUAAAAUCAUCACAUAAAAAAAUUUCUUCAACUCGAACAGUAACACUCGUUUCAAAACAAUCAAAUGAUAAUCAACAACAUAUUGAAACGUUAAAAGAUAAUAAUCAAAAUGAUUUACCAGAUGAACAACCACCGAUUAAACGUAUGAAAAUUGAUUCACAUUCUCCAUCAUCAUCAUCAUCAAAUACAAUAAUUAAAAUUGAAAAUACAGAUGAAACAAUUGAAAAAGAUUUAAGUCUUAAAUCUAUAGUAACUAUUCCAACAACUAAUAAUGAUCAUGAUUAUCGACGUGAUAUUCAAGAAAAACGACGAACAACUUCCAAUUCUAACCAAACAAUAACAGAUAAUUCAACAAACAAAUCUUCACGUUCACGUUCAAAAUCAAAAGAUCGACGACAACGACGAUCAUCAACAAAUUCACAUAGUUCAUCAAUAAAAGAUUUUAAAAUACUAUCAAAAUCAAAAACUUAUUUACAAUCAUCAAGACCAUCAAAUGAUAAUUAUCGUCGACAUCAACAAAUUAAAUCACGAGAUGAACAUCAAUAUGAACGAAAACAACCAUCUAAUCUAUUAAAUCGUCAACAUAAACAAUAUAAAAAUCAAUUAUCAAAUCGAUAUGAUAAUAAUAAUAUAUUUAAUGAAACAUCUUAUCGAAAUUCUUCAUCAUCAACAUAUCAUCAACGAAAUUUAAAUGAUUUAAUGAUAUCUGAUAAUUUACAAAAUCUUCAACAACGACAACCUAUACGACAUAAAAGAUUUAAUUAUAAUCAUCAAUCUGUUGCUGAUCAUCCACGUUUUUCAAAUCCGAAUAUUCUAUCUCCUCCAAAACCACUAAUGGAUUUUCAUUAUCCGAAAUCAUCAACACAUAAUCGUAGUUCUUCACCGGUGACAAUGCAAGAUCGAAAUCUUGAUUCAUUAUAUUAUCAAAAUAAUUAUAUUGAUCAAAUUGAAUCAACAAGAAAAAAUUAUUCGAAUUCUUAUGAUUUAAAAGAAUCAAAUACAAUAAAAUGUUUACAAAAAUUUCUUGAAAAUAACACAAAUGAAUCAGUUCUACAACAACAAAUGGAUUAUUCGAUAAAUGAACAAGUUAAAUAUUCAUCUUCAAUAACAAAUAAUGAUAAUUCACAUUGGUCUUCUUCAAAAACAAUAUCUGAUACAAUUGUGCAAAAUAAUAAUAAUAAUAAUAAUAAUAAUAAUAAUAAUAAUCAAAGAUUUACUUAUAGUGAUGCUGAAAAAUUAUUAGCUAUGGUGCAACGAUUGCGUAAUUAA